GAUGAAGAACUAUCGCUUUGUGCUCCUGCUCUUGGGUGCUUUGGCGCUCUGCGCUGAAGCCCAGAAUUGGGAUGAAGACGUCGACGAGGAAGAAGACUCCAGAGUCCAUCCGGAUCUCCCCGUUGAGGAUCCGCUGAACAACAAGGCAAUUCUCCCGGAGGAACUCGAGACGGAGUAUUGGAUGAGAAAUGGCAGGGAAACAGUGGCGGAAAAGGUCAACAUUCACCAGAAUCCAAACACCAAAAAGGCCAAGAACAUCAUCUUCUUCAUCGGCGACGGCAUGUCUUUCCAAACUGUCGCCGCGGCGCGCAUGAAGUCCGGCAAUGAGAACAACAAACUGUCGUUUGAGAAGUUUCCCUACUUCGGAAUGGCCAAGACUUACUGCGUCAACAGACAGGUUUCCGACUCCGCUUGUACGGCAACGGCGUAUUUCAGCGGCGUUAAGGCCAAUUACGGAACCAUCGGACUCGAUGCCGGAGUUUCGCGUUACGAUUGCGCAGGACAAGCUGACGAGAGUCAUCACACAACGGGCAUUGGCCAGUGGUCUCUGGACUCGUGCAAAGGCGUCGGCGUGGUGACGACCACGCGCAUCACGCACGCCAGUCCGGCGGGUCUGUUCGCUCACGUGGCCGAUCGCUAUUGGGAGAACGACGCCGAAGUGGCGGAUGACGAGUGCGAUCCCGAAACCACCCACGACAUUGCCGAGCAACUCGUGCGCGGCAAAGUGGGCAGCAAGCUGAAGGUGAUCCUGGGCGGCGGACGAACGGAGUUCAUCGAUCGCGGCGUCACGGACGAAGAGGGUAAUGCGGGUCUGCGUGAAGAUGGGCAAAAUCUCAUCGAGGAGUGGGAGAGUGAGCGCAGCAAGGCGGGAACGGCGAAGUAUGUGUGGCGCAAGAGUGAUCUUGCCGCGCUGGAUGUCAACGGCACGGAUUACUUGCUGGGACUCUUCGAAGGCGGUCACAUGAAGUACCAUCUGGACGCUCUGGAGGACCCCGAAGAGCCGACGCUCAGUGACAUGGUCGAGAGUGCCAUCAGGAUGCUGCAGAAGGAAGAGGCGGGAUUCUUCCUGUUCGUUGAGGGCGGGAAGAUCGAUGUGGCUCACCAUGAAGCGUGGACAAGACGCGCUCUGGACGAGACAAUUGAGUUCUCCGCGGCUGUCCAGUUGGCCAGAGACAUGACGAGUGAGGAAGACACUCUGAUCGUCGUCUCUGCCGAUCACGGUCACACUCUGACCUACGCUGGUUAUCCGUCUCGCGGCGCGGACGUCCUGGGAAUUGCGCAGAACAGCAACAUCGACCGGAUGCCGUUCAGCAUCAUGAGCUACGCCAACGGCGGCGGCUACUACAACACAUACAACGAGGCCGGCGAUCAGCGCCUGGACAUCACCGGAUUCGACUCCAGCGACCCGGAAUUCAAGUACUUCGCCACAGUGCCGCUGAACACGGAGAGCCACGGCGGCGACGACGUGGGCGUGUACGCUUCCGGUCCCUGGGCGCAUCUCUUCGUCGGCCAGUACGAGCAGAACGUCCUGCCCUUCGCCAUGUCCUACGCCGCCCAAAUCGGCGCCUACGGCGAGGAGCAAACGUGCGGAGCCUCGAAGUUCCACUUCGGCCUCUCUCUCUUCGCCCUCCUGGCGCUUCUUCAUCUCCUGCGCCGCUUCGCAUAAACACUUGAGAGCUCUUCAUUCAACUGUGUAUUUCUUGAUUGUUUUUAAGACCUAUGAAUUGAUAAAAUU